UCUUUCUUCUACGAGCUUGUUCCGAUGAAGACGGUCACCGGAAGAGUUUACUGUGCCAAGCCAAUCUCUCUGUCUAAGGCGGCUACGCUUCUCUCUGGAUUCGUUUCCUCCGAGAAUGGCGCCUCUCAAGAUGUUAGCGCGUACCUCCGACGAUCCUCCGGUGCCUUCACCGAAUUAAAGAGCUUCCACAGGGAGAUUAAAUCGAAGGAGACGAAGCUAAGAUCCAAUAAGAAGAGGAAAAGUGAUGGGGAGAGAACGAGCAAUAAAAAGAGGAAAUCCAAGGAGAUUGAUGCUUGAAGUUAGUUUGAUUUUUAUACUGAAACUAAGCAAUCUUAAAGAUGUCACUUGGUGAUAAAGAUAUGAUUUUGUAGAACACUCUUCUUUGUUACAGUUUGAUGUUAUUUGUCUGCCUAAGUUCAAACUUUUGAUUA